AGCCGCUCAGAAGAUAACGAGAUAUUAAAGUGUUUCAGCAAUUCCCCUGACCAUCUCUAGUGAAGCCAGGGCGUCCUUCCUCUCUCUUCCUUCAUAGCAGUAUUUACUAUAUUGCGCUGUGUAGAAGGAACCAACAAAAAGAGGAGAGAGCCCCACCCAGCAGGCAAUUUCCAUUUAUUCAUCCUAAUGUUAACAGUAGUGUCAUAUUUGGAAGCAUAUGGAGUUGUAUGGCUUAUUAUACUAUCAUCAUGCUAUAACCUCGUCCUAUCCAAAUGUAAGAUUGAAACAAUGGAAGAACUUUCUACGGCAAACACCAUGUUUGCCCUCAAUCUCCUUAAGCAGAUAGAAAAAUCGAACUCUACCCAGAACAUCUUUAUCUCUCCGUGGAGCAUCUCAUCAACACUGGCCAUGGUUUUCCUUGGCGCCGGGGCUAACACUGAACAGCAGAUGGCCCAAGUGCUGCAGUUUAACAAAAUUGACAGCUAUGACAUCACCACAAGAACCCCAGAGAACUUCAGGUGCUGUCAUUUUGAACAACAGAUACAGAGGAACAAUUAUCCUGGUGCUAUCUUACAGGCACAAGCAAGAGAUAAAAUCCACUCAGCCUUCUCUUCUCUCAGCUCAACAAUCAACACACCACACUUGGGAGAUUAUUUAUUAGAAAGUGCAAACAAGCUAUUUGGAGAAAAGUCUGCAAGAUUCAAAGAAGAAUACAUACAACUCUGUAAGAAAUAUUACUCAACAGAGCCAGAAGCAGUAGACUUCCUCGAAUGUGCGGAAGGAGCUAGAAAAAGGAUUAAUUCUUGGGUUAAGACUCAAACCAAAGGUGAAAUCCCAAAUCUGCUACCUGAAGGUUCUGUAGAUGAAGACACCAAGAUGGUGCUGGUGAAUGCUAUCUACUUCAAAGGAAAGUGGAAAACUCCCUUUGAGAAGAAACUUAAUGGGCUUUAUCCUUUCCGUGUGAACUCGCAUGAGAGCAUACCCGUCCAGAUGAUGUUCCUCCGUGAAAAACUGAACAUUGGAUACAUAAAGGACUUGAAGACUCAGAUCUUAGAACUUCCAUAUAUUGGAAACAUCAGUAUGUUUCUGUUGCUUCCGGAUGAGAUUGAAGAUGCAUCCACUGGCUUGGAGUUGCUAGAAGGUGGAAUAAACUUUGCUAAUUUCAACAAAUGGAUCAGCAAAGACACACUGGCUGAAGAUGACGUUUUGGUCUACAUUCCCAAGUUCAAACUGGCACAAAGCUAUGAAUUCAAGCCCAUUCUUCAAAGCAUGGGCAUGGAGGAUGCCUUCAACAAGCACAAGGCGGACUUCUCAGGGAUGUCUGAGAUGAAUGACCUUUUCCUUUCUGAGGUGUUCCAUCAAGCCAGCGUGGAUGUGACUGAGGAGGGCACUGUGGCCGCUGGUGGGACUGGGGCAGUUAUGACAGGGAGAACUGGCCACGGUGGCCCACAGUUUGUGGCUGAUCAUCCCUUUCUUUUCUUUAUCGUGGACAAAAUUACCAAGACGAUACUAUUUGUUGGUAGAUUUGCCUCACCCGAAUAGGGGAAGAUCUUAUUUCCACAGUAGGUUUUGUAGCAUGAGCUGUAAGCCUCAGAAUUGCUUCUUUAAGUGCCAAAAGUUUAAAUACUUUUCUACACAUUUGUGUAUGUCUGCUAUACACUAAAUACAAACCUAAAAGCAACUAUACAACAGUCUGCAAUGCUUACAGUAUAAUUCCAUUAAUGAUUUCAUUUCCUAAAAUCAGAUGAUAUCCAUUUAGUUCAGUCUUUAUAAUUUUAGUUUUAACAGUGUUAUUUAUUAUUUAUAAAAUGAUUGCUCUACAAAUUGCUGUCCUGUUUAAUGAAACUAUAACACUACAGAAGCAGAUAAUCAGAUAAUUUUCUUUUUAAAGAAAAGCAGCCAUUUAAUUUAAGAAUGAAGGAAAAAUAUGAGUCUUCCAUGCUUUCCCAUGCUAAUCACCCAGAAAAAAAGCACUUAACAAAAGACAACAUGCUAUAUCUGUCAUUGUAUAUCGUAUGUAUGUAUCUGCAACUCAUCUAUAAUAACUAAUCACAAGUAAGCAUGCUUGCUUACCCACUGCUAUUUGUAGUUCUCCAUUAGGUAUGCAGAGAAUAAUAUUUAGUAAUCCUUGUUUGUUAAUUAUCUUUCCUUCACUGUAACAAAAUACCCAAGAUAAUAAAG